AUGUCGAAGAGAGAGGCCAGCCAAAUCGCCGCGGCAGCGGGAGUCGAUAUCGACGCACCGCGCGCCAAACGACGCAAGGAGGCUCCUGCAGACUCGAAACCACUCGCCGGGACAAGCAACGCGGAUGGGGUCAAGAAGGAGGGCGAGUCGAGUGAACCGAAGCGGGACGGGCCAGAGGUGAUCAAGGAGAAGGGGCUGAGGUUGUGGACAACGGUGAAGGAUGCAGUGGACAAGGAUGGUCGGCCACUCUGUGUCGACUUCAUGCGUUUGCCAUCCAAACGGCAGUACCCCGACUACUAUGUCCAGAUCAAGAAGCCAAUUGCUCUCGACGAUAUCAAGGCCCAACUAGACGCACUCGCAUACGCUUCAUUCGAGGAUGCUAAGCAUGACCUGGAAACUUGCUUCCGGAAUGCGAAGAGGUACAACAUCAGAGAGAGCCAGAUCUUCCAGGACGCCAAGGUGUUACAUAAACUCGUCAAGAAAGAGUAUGCUAAGAUGACCGGGACCGCAGAAGAGGCCGCCGAGGAUGAAGGCGAUGAACGUACCGGGGACGGUGCAGCGCAUGAAGGGGGUUCUGACGAUGAAGGAGCAAAGAAGAAGAAACCGCCCAAUAUGAAUCGCUUGCUCAAGACGCGUUUGCAGAAGCUAGUGGAGAAGACUGACGACUCAGGACGUGUACUCUCAACCGAGUUCAUGGAACUGCCGAACAAGAAGCAAUGGCCAAUAUAUUACAAGAUGAUCAAGCGUCCCCAAUGUCUUGAGUCUAUCUUCAAACGUCUCAAACGGAAGGAGUACCACACGUCACAGGAGUUCGCUAACGAUGUUGAACUUGUAUUCUCCAACGCACUCGAAUUCAAUCAAGACCACACAGAGAUCUGGGAAGAUGCUGUGGUGCUUAGGGACUACUUCCGCCACCUAAUGUCAGACCUGCCGCCACCACACACCAUACCCGCCUAUACCAUUACAGAGUCUCACACCAAGAUCAAGCUUAAGGUCCCCGCUCAUCAUCCACCCGCUGCCUCUACACCCGCACAACCCUCGCCUGUCCCCGGUACGCUAAAGAUCCGUGCGCCGCACCCAAUUGCGAACGGUGCUGCCUCGCAGGCAUCCCCGCCAGGGGAACCUUCGAGAUCUCCGGCGGUCCCUGUAAAGCCAGUCCCAGCGUCCGCGUCCCCGCCGCUCCCACAGCCGGGGCAGGCGCCCUCACAUCCGAUCAUACCAGCUCCUAUCCCUGCGGUGGCUCAAUUGAAGGCGUCCGCAAGUGGCAGCAAUGUUGCGCCCAACGCCUAUCCACAGCCGGGCUACUCUCCGUACCCACAAUACACACUGCCAGCGUACCAGCAGUCCGGUACGCCGGCUCCAGCCCCGUCUGUGUCACCGGCGCAAGUUGCCGUACCCCCCACGACUACUGUGGCCGAGCUGCAGUCGCCGUUCGACGCUCAGAGACAUCGCACGCCCAAGUGCGUCACUUUGUUGACAAAACCGCUAGGCCGGCUGCUGCAGCUUGACUACACUGAUGGUGUGCGGACAUGGGCCGUCCGACUGUGCGGAGAGACGAGCGUCCAUGUUUCCGGGGUGCGUUUUCUGAAGCUGGAUCACGAAGACGAAGAGAGCAGCGACGACGAGGAGAAGCUGCAGAAGCCGGAAGAGGAAGAGGAGGAAGAGAAUGGAGAAGAGAAGGUGAAAGAGAAGGAAGAGGAGGAGCCGAAGCCAGAGAAGAGGAAGCGGGGCAGACCGCCGAAGAAAAAGAAGCAGCUGGUGGUCGAGGAGGCGAAGAUAGAGGAGUCGGCCAAGAAGAAGGGCAAGGCCCGCGCGAAGCAGCCUCCUGGGGAGACUCAGGUGAAGCUGAAUGGCGCAGUCGUCAAUGCUCUCGAUGACAACAAGAGCGAAUGGGACCUUGAGCUACCCAUCGGGCCGAAUUUAGUGGAGAUCGGGGAGAAGGGCGGUACACCGUGGAGGGUGUACCUCGACAGAAUGCCUGUCUGA